GUGAGGAAACAAGGGCCGGAAGCUCCAACGCCGCCACGUUCCCGGUACCGCCAGCGGCGCGUUUUAGUUUCGAUUCUCCGGGGUGGCCGACUGUGCCGGGGAAGGAGCGGAGCCCACUUGCUGCAAGGAAACGAAAGCGGAGCAGCAGUGCUUCCCGCAGACGGAGGAGUCUCCCGCUCGGAGCCAGUCGUCUGCACCGGAGGCUCCGCCGCUCUUUGCCCGGACUUGUCCGAAGGGAGAAGCCGCUGCCCACCAACCACUCCGGGGCGCCGUUUCCUAGCCCGUACCAAAAUGGCAGACAACCAAGCUGUUCCAAGAAUGUACAUGGCGAAACUUAACGAGUAUUGUCAGAGAAACCGUUUGCGAUUGGACUAUAAGGAUCUUGGUUUCGAUGGCCCACCUCAUAAUCCUGUAUUCACUGUAGCAGUUGAAAUAGAUGGAAAUCAAUAUAGCCAAGCAACAGGUAAAAGCAAGAAGGAGGCAAAAGAUCAUGCAGCAUUGUUAGCUUGGGAGUCCAUUGAACGAAGACUGCCAGCAGAUCCUGUUUUAAGACCACCACAGCAGCCGCUGCCUCCUCUGUCAUCAUCUCCAUCUCGGUCACCUGAGCCAGUUGCACAACGUAACUAUCUUGCCUUGCUCAAUGAAUAUUCAACGAGGAACAAAGUGGUGGUUCAAUAUGUUUUGGUUUCUAAAUCUGGCCUGGAUCACAUGCCAAAUUUUCACUGUGUCUGUAAAAUUGAUGGUAAAGAUUUUGGUGAGGGAACAGGAAAUAAUAAACAAACCGCAAAACGGAUUGCAGCCAGGCAAGCGUAUGAAAAGUUGAAUGACCAAGCUACUUCCAGGGCAGAAAGAAAUAGUUCUACAAAUAGUUCUAGAAAUCCAUCACACAGUAAUUCCCAAGAAUCGUCACCAGAGGCAUCUGGGACUGGUACAGACCGUGAUUCCAAUGGUAACCAAGCAGCUGACAAACUUGCUAAUCAGCUUGGUGCCAUACAGCUCAAUGAAGCUCCUCCAUCAUCUCUGCUCCUGGACGUACGAAACCACGUCGGUGCUGUGGAUGUCUUCCUCACCGGUCCACGCUGCUUUCAUCAGGUCAAGAGGUCCUCGCGGUUGUCUGCCGAACAACAGCUCGAAAGGACUGAAGCCGUGUUACAAAGUUUCAUUUCCACUUUUUUUUAUUUCCUAAGAAGAGAGACGCCACUGGCACCGAACUUUUCAAAGCUGAAUCGAAAGCAAAGCAAGUACACCAUCAAUGAAAAGUUUCUGGAAGAUUUUGAAGAUAUACAGAAAAUUAAAUCUGGUGGAUAUGGAACCGUUUUCAAGGCAAAACAUUUAAUUGAUGGUCGAUUAUUAGCUGUCAAACGAGUCAAGCUUCAUCUAGGAGAAGAAGAAUCAGAAAAGGAAGUACAAGCCUUAGCAAACCUUGAUCAUGAAUAUAUUGUUCGAUAUUAUAAUUGUUGGAUCGGGAAAGAUAAUAUCCUAUCGCCAGAGGAUAGUGAUAGUGAACAGAGGGUGGAAGCCGACUGCCUUUUCAUAGUGAUGGAAUAUUGUGAAGAGGGAACCCUUAAAAAUUGGAUUAGUAAGGAAAAUGCAAAGGAGAGCUAUCGUGAAGAUGUCAAAAUUAAAUUCCAGCAAAUAGUGGAAGGGGUAGCAUAUAUUCAUUCUAAAAACUUAAUUCAUCGAGAUCUCAAGCCAAUAAAUAUAUUAAUGUCUAGAGACAAUAAAAUAAAAAUCGGUGAUUUUGGGCUGGUAACCACAGGUGUAGAUGACCUUUCAUUACAGCGGACAGAAAAGAGAGGAACACCACAAUACAUGGCUCCUGAACAGGAGGGGAACACUUACGGAAAGGAAGUGGAUAUCUUUCCGUUAGGAUUAAUUUUAUUCGAAAUGCUUUACACAUUCCAAACUGAUCAUGAGAAACACAAGAUAUUAAAGAACAUAAAAGAAGGCAAAUUUCCAGAACAAUUUACAAAGGAGUUUCCAAUAGAGGCAUCCCUAAUUAAGAAACUCCUUUCAAAAGAGCCGUCUCAGAGACCAUCGGCAUCUGACAUUUUGCGUUUUUUAAGGAAAAAGCAGUAUAGCCCACACACUUGUUAACUAAUACCUGGCCAAACACAACUGCAGAAUUUUGGUCUAAAGGUAGUGGUUCCUUUUGCUGUUGCUAAUGUUGAAAAUCUCAUCUGAAUCAAAACUGUGGCGCAUGGACCCACCAAC